AUGGCGAACAAGGUCGCUGCAGUCACUGGAGGUGCUCGAGGACUUGGCAACAUGUUUUGUCGAGCAUUCAUAGAAGCAGGUUGCAACUCCAUCGCAAUAAUCGACUUGCAUGAGCAGGAGGCAGAGACUGCGGCAAAGGCUCUAAUUCAUGAGUACGAGACUGCUGGCGCAGUCCAAAGAGGCGAACUCAACGUGAUAGGCGUCGGCUGUGAUGUCGCCUCUGAGAAGUCUGUGCAGUCAGCCUUUGGACAGUUGCAAAGUCGAAUUGGACGUGUUAAUGCGCUGGUAACAGCCGCAGGUAUUGUGGAGAACUUUCCUGCGACUGAGUAUCCUACUCCAAAGAUCCAGAAGCUGUUCGACAUCAAUGUGCAUGGCUCUUUCUUUUGCGCCAGAGAGGUGGCCAAAAGUCUUCUUGGGCAUGGGGAGAGCGGCAGUAUCAUAUUAAUCUCAAGUAUGAGUGCUAAUAUCGUCAACCAGCCACAGUUACAAACGCCAUACAAUGCUUCUAAAGCCGCUGUCAAGCACAUGGCCUCGUCCCUGGCUGUCGAAUGGGCUAAAGGUGGCAUUCGAGUGAAUGCGCUCUCACCUGGGUAUAUGAUGACCAAGUUGACGGAAAAAGUGCUCGAAGAGAACCCAAAGCUCAAGGAAAGUUGGCACACAUUGACUCCUAUGGGCAGGCACGUAGCAACGGUUCCCUUGAGCAGAGGCUGA